CUAGUUUCGGUGCUUCUUGCUUUCUCCAUCUCCCCGCUCUGUCCAAUGAUGUGCCCCUUUUCCCUAUCCCCUCCGCUAUCAGACCCAGCGGAUAAGUAGUAGUUCUUUGCCCACCCACCCACUGACGGCGGAACUUCCCCCGGACAAUUUAAUUCUUCAGGCUUUAUUUCGCUCGAGCGUUUCCGCUUGAUAAGUUCUGCAGGGGAAGCAGUGAUAAUGGCAGUAGUGAUUCCUUAACUGUUUUUUCCUUCUUCUCCUUCUUUUGUAUAUAUACUUCUCAUUGCUGGUAGUAUUCGGAAAGUCGCCAUACUACUAAGUAGUACUUCUGUCGUUGUGCACUUACACACCGAUAUCGGUCUCUUAUUUAGUUGUUAUGCACUACUACCAACCACCUACUGCGUUAUGACUGCUAGCGAUAGUGAUGACGGCAACAUCACGGUUGCCUCCUAUGUCCUAGGCACGAUUGGCACCGUCCUCUGGUGCAUCCAGCUAAUUCCUCAGAUCUGGUAUAAUUGGCGACAGAAGAAAACCGAUGGGUUUCCGCCUUUGAUGAUGCUUUUGUGGGCUUCUUGUGCCGUACCGAUGGGUGCUUAUAUGGUUUUGCAGGAGGUCAAUCUACCGCUACAGAUUCAGCCGCAGAUUUUCGGCUUCUUUUCGCUGGUGAGCUGGGGGCAGAUAUUAUACUAUAAUCAUAGUUAUACUUGUCUCAAGGCAACGUCGUUAGUUGUGGGUACGGCAAUGUUGUUUGGUGGGAUUGAGACGUUGUUGAUUCUCACUUUGAGGAUACCAUAUAAUAAGGGCGUGACCUGGCCGGACCUGGUGGUUGGAGUUGUUGCGGCGAUUCUACUAGCAUCUGGGCUUGUGCCGCCGUAUUUUGAACUGUGGAAGAGAGAUGGUCGCGUCAUUGGGUUCAAUUGGGUGUUCUUGUCCAUUGAUACGCUGGGAGGACUAUUCUCGCUGUUCGCUUUAGCUGCCCAGGGUUCGUUCGAUAUUCUCGGAGGGAUCAUGUACAUCCUCGUGGUCGUCCUUGAGGCAGGAAUAUAUGCAAGCCAUAUCAUCUGGCGGAUUCGAUACCGCGCAGUACGCAAGGAAGCCAAGGCAUCUGGCAGAAGCAUCGAUGAAGUGCUGGAGGAGCGAAAUCAGGUCGAAACGUCUCAGGAUAAUAAGAAAGAUGGGAUCGUUUCUCAUCACCGAGGGAACAACAGCCCUGUGCAGCAGCAGCAGCAGCACUCAGAGCCAAAAGUAACGCAAAGCAUUUCGGAGGGAAAUGUUGCCGAUGCCUGAAAUCCGU